AUGUAUCAAAAUUGUGGUAAGGGAGCCAAAAAGGUAAAUGAACCAACCAAUGAUGGAAAAGAAGAUGAAAGUGGAGAAACAAAAGAUAAAGAACCAUCUUAUGUGCCUCUGCCACCAUACAAACCACUUAUCCCUUAUCCCCAAAGACUUGUUAAGUCCAAAAAUAAAGGGCAAUUCAAGAAAUUCGUAGAACUUCUGAAGCAACUUAAUAUCACUAUACCAUUCAUAGAAGCCAUUAUGCAAAUGCCUUCAUAUGCUAAAAUUCUUAAAGAAAUCUUAUCCAACAAGAAAAAGCUUGAGGAUAACAAAAUUGUUAUGCUUACUGCCGAGUGUAUCGCUAUUAUUCAAAACAAUAUGCCUCCUAAACUGAAAGAUCCGGGUAGUUUUUCCAUACCAUGUGUAAUCAGAAAGUUUAUCAUAGACAAAGCUCUAUGCGAUUUAAGAGCCAUUGUUGGUUUAAUGCCCUUAUCCACAUGCGAAAAACUCAAUCUAGGAAAAUUAAGACCAACAAAGAUGUCUCUACAACUAGCUGACCGUUAUGUCAAAUUUCCAAUAGGACUCCCACAUCCCUAUUAUUUUAGGAAGGCCCUUUUAGCCACAGUCGAAGCCAUUAUAGAUGUGAAGAAAGGAAGGCUAACAUUCGAAGUUGGAGAAGAAAAAGUUGAAUUUCUCUUAGCUAAAUUCCUACAAGCAGCAACUUUAGAUGCUUCAUGUUGUUUAUUAGACGUCAUCGACGAAUGUGUGGAAGAAAUGGAGAAGGAACCAUAUAAGUAUACUAAAGUACUGAAGAUUCCAACACCUCUUAUAUCCGAAGACGAUAAUUGGCGUGAGCCAUACGUAGAUGACAGUCUGAGAGAAUGUUUAGCACUAACACCAAAUCCAAUGCCAUGCCCAGAGAAACCUUCAAUAGAACUAAAAACACUACCCAAAGAUCUAAGGUAUGAAUUCCUAGAUACCGAGCUUGAAAGACCAAUUAUAGUCAACGCUGACUUAGGACAGAUAGAAAGCGAAAAGUUACUCCAUGUCUUAAGAAAAUAUCCAACAACUUUAUGA